AUGGCUCAUCAAUGCUCCACCAAACAUGCCCAGAAUAGCUCCAACACGGGUUACCUGCCCAUUGAGGACUAUGGCAUGAUCGGGAACAUGCACACCUGCGCCCUCGUCGGCAUGAAUGGUUCCGUGGACUUCAUGUGCUGGCCUGACUUUGACUCGCCUUCCGUAUUCUGUCGUCUCUUGGAUAAGGACAAGGGAGGUCACUUCAGCAUCAGCCCCCCGGCUGCGAUGCAAUGCACCACCAAGCAGCAGUAUCUACCGUCUUCGAACAUUCUUCAGACGAGGUACAUCCAUGAUGAGGGUGUAGUUGAUCUCAUCGACUUCUUUCCGCGUCCCAAAACUGCCACGGCCAUAUACAAGGAUGUCCGCCACAGCGCCUACCGUGAGACGUACCAGAUUCAGGAGGAGCUCAAGAAGUGGCUGGUCCGCCGUGUUGAGUGUAUCCGAGGGGAACUCGAGCUGGAUGUUGAAAUAUUUCCGGCCUUCAACUACGCCCAGGAGGGGCAUACGACGACCCUCCUCCAGACGUCCUACAACCCAGGAGCCGAGAGCAGGACGGCUACUUUCCACAGCAAGGACACAAAAUUGCAACUCGACGUCAUUGUCGAUCGUGGUGAUGUCGAAGCAGGCGCUGCCCCCGGGAUAUGCUUUCACACUGUGAAGCGAGACGGCAUGCCCGGCGAGGGUGUCGUAGCCCGCAUCAAGGUCCACGAGGGCCAAGCCGUCUCCUUUGUGCUCCGAAAGGACAUGCCGAACCAUGUAACGGACAAUGUCACGACGGAUGUGCUCGACAAGCAGCAGCACGACACCCAGUCGUUCUGGUACCAGUGGAUCUCGCGAAGCAAGUACAAGGGGCGCUGGCGCGAAGUGGUGCAGCGGAGCUUGAUGAUUCUGAAGAUGCUUACCUAUGAGCCGACGGGCGCCAUCAUUGCAGCUCCGACUUUCUCUGUCCCCGAGGACAUUGGCGGUGUCAGGAACUGGGACUACCGAUUCUCGUGGGUUCGCGACUCGAGUUUCACCAUCUAUAUUCUACUGCGCCUAGGGUAUUCAGAGGAAGCCGAUGCUUACAUGGGUUUCAUCAGCGAACGCUUUCUGAAAUCCCGUGGCCCUGAGGGGGCUUUACCCAUCAUGUUCACCAUCCGGGGUGAGACGGACAUUCCCGAGAGCGAGCUCGGUCAUCUCGAUGGCUACCGCGGUAGCAAACCCGUGCGCAUUGGCAACGGUGCCGCCGAUCACCAGCAGUUUGAUAUCUACGGCGAGCUGAUGGAUGCCAUCUAUCUGUACAAUAAGUACGGAAAGUCGAUCAGUUGGGAUCAGUGGUGCGCCGUCAGAGAUAUGCUUGAUUUCGUGCUUACGCUCGUCAACCUGCCCGACAUGUCGAUCUGGGAGGUUCGAAACCAGAAGCAGAAUUUUGUAUACUCCAAAGUCAUGCUCUGGGUAGCCUUUGAUCGCGGCAUUCGUCUCGCCGAGAAGCGCAACCUACCCUGCCCGAGCCGCGCCAAGUGGCUCGCGGCACGGGACAAUCUGAUGGAGGAGAUCAUGGACAAGGGCUACAAUAAGGAGAUGAGGAGUUUCGUGCAGAGCUACGAGAACAACAAGAUGAUCGACUCAUCCAUCCUCAUCGCGCCGCUCGUCUUCUUCAUCGCCCCCAACGACCCGCGCUUCCUCAGCACGAUGGAUCGCAUCCUCAUGCCCCCCGAGAAGGGCGGCCUCACGAGCGCCGGCCUCGUCUACCGCUACGACACGGAGCUCUCCGAGGACGGCGUGGGCGGCCGCGAGGGGGCCUUCAGCAUGUGCACUUUUUGGCUCGUCGAGGCCAUGACGCGCGCCAGCGUCUACGAGCCGCGCUACCUGCCGCGGGCCGUCAACAUGUUUGAGAAUGCCCUGAGCUUCUCGAACCACCUCAGCAUGUUCUCCGAGGAGAUUGCCCGCUCGGGCGAGCAGCUGGGCAACACGCCGCAGGCGUUCAGCCAUCUGGCGCUCAUCAGCGCCGCGUUCAACCUGGACCGCGCGGCCGAGGCGAGACGAUAG